GGGGACAGUCACUGGCACGCCCGUUGACCAAAUUUUCCCCUCUACCACACGCGGAGAGCUGAAGCCCAAACUGGUAAGCAACAGAGGAAAAUGGUUGAUUAUCUGCUCUACGAGUCUGCUACGGGCUACUCACUCUUUGAUGUCCUUGGAGCGGACGAAAUAGCGUCCAAAACGAAGGAAGUACAGAAGUCUCUGCAAGACCUCUCCAAGUUUGGUAAAGUUGUGAAGCUCCGUAGUUUUAUUCCUUUCAAGAAUGCUGCUCAUGCUUUGGAAAACGCUAAUGACAUCUCUGAGGGUGUCAUGAACGACUUCUUGAAGAACUUCUUGGAGAUGAACCUGCCCAAAGCCUCGAAGAAAAACAGCGUGAAGCUCGGUGUCCAGGACAAGAACUUGGCCGUCAGCAUCAAGGGUGGUGUGGACGGUCUUGACUGCGAUAGUUCGGAGCUCACGCAAGAUCUCCUGCGUGGUGUCCGCUACCACGGAGACAAGCUGUUGAAACAGCUGUCUCCCGGUGAUUUUGAACGUGCACAGCUCGGUUUGGGUCACUCUUACUCCCGUGCCAAGGUGAAGUUCAAUGUCAACCGUAACGACAACAUGAUUAUCCAGGCCAUUGCCAUCCUUGACCAGUUGGAUAAGGAUAUCAACACCUUCGCCAUGCGUGUGAAGGAGUGGUAUUCCUGGCACUUCCCCGAGCUCCUUCGCAUCGUGAAUGCCAACGACAAGUACGCUGAGUGCGUCAAGUUUAUUGGUGACAAGAACACCGUCAACGACGACAUGCUUCACGACUUGGCCGCCAUUGUCGACGAUGACAAGGACAUUGCUCAAAGCAUCAUCAACGCUGCCAAGAUUUCCAUGGGUCAAGACAUUUCCGAAAUUGAUUUGGAAAACAUCAUUUCUUUUGCUGACCGUGUCAUCAACUUGACCAACUACCGCAAGCAGCUCUACUCGUACCUUGUCAACAAGAUGGCUGUUGUUGCUCCUAACUUGUCUGAGCUUAUCGGCGAGGUUGUUGCUGCUCGUCUUAUUUCCCAUGCCGGCAGUUUGACCAACUUGUCCAAGUGCCCUGCCUCCACGGUUCAAAUUUUGGGUGCCGAAAAGGCUCUUUUCCGUGCUUUGAAGACCCGCGGAAACACCCCUAAGUACGGUAUCAUCUACCACUCGAGCUUCAUUGGCAAGGCUGCCGCCAAAAACAAGGGUCGCAUUUCUCGUUUCCUCGCCAACAAGUGUUCCAUUGCCAGUCGUAUUGAUAACUUCAGUGAUAUCCCAACCACCUCUUUUGGUCAGAUUCUCCACCGUCAAGUGGAAGAGCGUUUGAACUUCUACGACACCGGUGUCCCCCCUACUCGUAACAGCGUCGCCAUGGCCCAGGCCGUCACCAAGACGAAGACUGAUCUUGCUGCUGACGACAUGGACGUCGAGGAGCCUGCUGCGGCAGUCAAGUCGGAAAAGUCUUCCAAGAAGGAAAAGAAAGACAAGAAGGACAAGAAAGAAAAGUCCAAAAAGAAGCGUUCCUCUGAUGCUGGGCUCGAGGGUGACAAGCACAGCAAGAAGAAGAGCAAGAAGAGUAAAAAGGAGUAAUCGUUUUUUGUGCUUUUAUAACUGGUUUUGCUUUGUAUUGAAAGAAUUUAUGUUAGUUUAUUGAAGGAAAAGGAGAGCGGGGCAGCGGUGGGAAGGUCUGUACGUUUGUCUAGAGAGCGUUGAGCAUUCUGAACAUUAGCUGUAACAAGUAUCCUGUAGUGCGUUCUGUCCUUUAUAAUUGACAAUCUGCAUGCCUUCGCCCUCCUCUCCGUCUCCUCUCCGUCUCCUCCUACUGUUGUUCCUCGUUUCCACUGUGUCCUCUUUAACCUUCGAUCACAUGCUCGCUUAAUCUACUCUUAUGUUAACUUUAUGCUCCACCAAAAAUGCUAUAACCUUAAGCAGGACCU